AUGAAGGGUGCAAUCCAAUUCCUCGGAGCCUUGGCUGCAGUUCAGGCAGUUUCCGCUACCUAUAUCGACUGGACACAACCUUUCAACAGCUACGACUGCGGUGGAAAGCAAUGCGGUGGCCGUCCAAAGUUCGAGCCUCCAGCAUACUCCAAUGAGAGAUGUACCCCACAGCAGAACACCGGAUACGAUUUCUCUGAUGCUCCAGAUGGUGAUUUGCCAAAGUACGAUGACUUUGACUUCUCUGGAUACAAGUGCCAAAAGAGCAAGCUCCAGAGGAGAUCCGGACGUGGCAGUGGAAGCAAAUGCGCUUCCUCCUACGUCGAGCCAGAGACCUACAGCAAUGAAAUCAAGUGCGGCAAGAAGUUCUCUGUUGACGAAUUCGACAUCUCUUUGGAGUACGAGUCCGUUAUUGAAUUCCACUAUGGCAUGCCUGACGGUUCCAGCUGCAAGCACGUCAGCAAGUGCGGAACUGGUAUCACUCCUGUCAAGAACACCCAGUGCGGUGGAGCCAAGAGCGUGAAGUGCAAGAUCCACAAGAGCUCCCAGAACAAGAAGAAGUGCAAGUUCAAUAUCCAUCAUAUCAAGUUCCGAUGUGACAAGCCAAGCACUACUUCCGCCCCUGUUCCAGCUACAACCAGCGAGCCAGCUCCAUGCACUGAGUACUCUUGCACUGCUACUGACACUACUACCGAACCUGCUCCAACUGAGCCUGCCCCAACUGAGCCAGCUCCAUGCACUGAGUACUCCUGCACUGCUACUGAUACCACCACCGAGCCUGCUCCAACUGAACCUGCUCCAUGCACUGAGUACUCUUGCACUGCUACCGACACUACCACUGAGCCCGCUCCAUGCACUGAGUACUCUUGCACUGCUACUGAUACUACCACCGAGCCAGCUCCAACUGAGCCAGCCCCAACCGAGCCAGCUCCAUGCACUGAGUACUCUUGCACUGCUACCGACACCACCACCGAGCCUGCUCCAACUGAGCCUGCCCCAACCGAGCCAGCUCCAUGCACUGAGUACUCUUGCACUGCUACUGAUACUACCACCGAGCCUGCUCCAACUGAACCUGCUCCAUGCACUGAGUACUCCUGCACUGCCACCGAGACUACUUCUGAAGCCGUCCCAACCACUACUGACGAGGCUCCAUGCACUGACUACUCUUGCACCGCUACUGAGGCCGUCCCAACUACUACUGACGAGGCUCCUUGCACUGAGUACUCCUGCACCGGUGUUCCAACUUCUGAGGCUGUUCCAACCACUUCUGACGACGUCCCCACUACCACUGAUGUCUAUAUUCCACCCACUGAUGUCUAUGUCCCACCCACUGACAUCUACGUCCCACCUGCCAACACCAGCAUCCCAUACGAGACUCCUUCUCCAAGCGAGACUGAGACCCUCCCCCCAAGCGGAACUGAUGUCUACACUACCUUGCCCAGCGUUCCAGUUGAGACCGGCUGCCCACCAGUCCUCCCACAAUGUAUGGAGACCUGGACCAAGAUUACCCAGUGUGUCAACAGCGGUGAUGUCAAGUGUCUUUGCCCCAACCCAGAGUACAUCAAGAGCGUCGCUGAGUGCGUUGAAGCCUGGGGUGUCGAUGAUGACGAAGUCGCCAAGGCUCUCGAGUAUAUGCAAGGUCUCUGCGCUGAGCACAUCCCAGAGAAUCCAGCCAUUGUUACCUGCGUUCCUACCUAUGUCACUCUUCCACCAGUCACCACCGGUGCCUCCACCGUCACUGUCUCUACCACCGUCGUUGUUCCAGUCACCACUGCUUCACCAGAAGAGACCAACAAGCCAGGCUACGUUCCAGUCUUCACCACUGAGACUGUUAUCAGGACCGUCACCGUCUGCCCAGUCAAGCUUGUCACCACCGAGCCAUCCAAGCCAGUUCUCGUUCCAGGAACCAUCACUGCUCCUCCAUACGUUCCACCAACUGCUCCAGCUACCAUCCCGGCCACUGUCCCAGCUGAGGCUACUACCCCACCAGUUGAAUAUGCACCAUCUACCUUGAUGACUGCCUACCCAACUGUUCCAGUUCCGGUUAACAACACCACUCCAAACCCACCAAUCGCCACUGGCGCUGCUUCUUCCUUCAAGGCCUUCAGCACCGUCAUGCUUGCCGGUGUCAUUGGUCUCACUGCCUUGAUCAUGGCUUAA